AAUAAUGGCGGCACUCCUGCGCCAUGCACGAUUUGUUGAUCGGGGAAAACUACUGUUUUCUCGAUACAUUACGGUUGAAAAAUGUCUCUUCCACUCCGUGAGUGAAAACAAGAUAGUGAGCCAGUUACAGGUCCUACCAAGGAGCAGGCAGUCGUGUUACAAUAACCAGAUGAAGAUGACACAACCUCUUAUGUCCUGUAUGGCUGUGAGAUUCAGCAGUGCUGAAGUCAUUAAAGAACCUGUUUUAGCCGAGGCCUUCACAGCUGGCGGAGAAUAUAUUCCUCCACCUCCAACAGUUCCCACAGUCGACCCUCUGGCAGACAUUGGUGAAGUUGCCCUGAAUGCUCUUGGAGAGCCUACAUUCGCAAGUCUUGGUCUUGGUAGUUGGUGGCCACCUGGAUUGGUACAGUCAGCACUUGAAUUACUUCAUGUGUCAUGCGAUUUACCAUGGUGGAGUGCAAUUGUAGUAGGUACUGUGAUAGUGAGAAUGUGUAUGUUCCCUCUUGUUGUAAAAUCUCAGAAAAAUGCCGCUAAAUUAAACAACAACAUGCCGACAAUGACACGACUUCAAGAGCGCUUCACAGAGGCUAGACAGUCAGGAAAUCCGAUGGAAGCUGCAAAGUGUGGUCAGGAAUUAAUGGACUUCAUGAAGAGAAAUGAAAUCAACCCUCUCAAGAACUUUUUAGUGCCACUGGCACAGAUGCCUGUCUUUAUAUCUGUGUUUGUGGGAAUGAGACAGAUGGCCAACCUGCCUGUACCCAGUCUCAAAGAGGGAGGUCUAUUUUGGUUCACAGAUCUGACUUGUACUGAUCCUUACUUUGCCCUGCCUGCUUUAACUGCAUUGACCUUCUACCUGACCAUUGAGUUGGGUGUUGAUGGUGUGCGUGCUGGCAGUGCGGGUAAUACAAUGAAAUACGUCAUGCGAGCAAUGCCCUUACUUAUGUUCCCAUUCAUCAUGAAGUUUCCUGCUGCCAUGCUUGUCUAUUGGUUCACAUCCAAUGCAUUCUCCUUAUGCCAAGUAGCGCUGCUAAAGAUACCAGCUGUCCGUGCAAAGUUUGGAAUUGAGCAAUUGGUGAAACAUCCUGCUCAUUUGAUGCCAAAGAAAAAAGGGUUUGUGCAGGGAGUCAAAGAGACCUGGAACAACUCCCAGACGAUAGCAGCCGUUGAAGACCGACAGCGAGCAGAUAGUGUUAAGUUUAAACAAGCUGGUCUAGGCCCUAUACAAAAGACAUAUCGUUACGAUCCGACAAAAGCCAAACCAAGGAAAGGGAAAUGAUAACAGACCUAUUUAGGAAAGAUUAUUUGAUUAGUGACUGAGUGUGAUUGUUGGACUUGUGAUCGUGAAGGGUUUUAUGACAUUUCGAUAGAUUUAGAAAAGGCUUUGAACUUCCAAAAAUAAAUGCUACACUCAUCCUUGGAA